AUGUUGUCCAUACGUCGAUUAUUUGGUUUCUGUGGUAGCAUUGGUAACAAAUCCUUAAAAACUUUAUGUUUUACUGGGAGACUAUGCCAAGAUAACACUGAAAUCAAAAUAGCAGAUCAAACAGCGGAGAAUGUGGGUUGGUUUGAUGAGCCGUUUUCAAAAGAUAUAUCUGCGGCCAUGCUGGCUUUGGCUGAUAAAAAACUGCUUGUUUUUGCAGAGCAAACGAAGGGUUUGCUACCUCACUUUCACACUGUUGACCUUACGACAGGCAAUGCUAGGAUAUCAUCCAAUUUUAACUUAAUAUAA